GGAGGAGGAAGAGGAGGACAGAAGGGGGAAGAGAACAGGAGGAGGUGGGGGAGGAAGAGGACAGAAUUUUACAUGAAAAUGACGUCAGAGUCAAACUAACGCGUUUCCGGCUGCUGUGGCUCCACACCUGCUUGGUCAGACUCACCUGAGUCCGGGCGGAGAUGGAGGUGUCCGCCUCCGGCUGCUCCGGGUACCGGAUCGACUCUCUGCUCUCGCUCGGGGCGCUCCUGCCCCGGGCAGACCCUCCGGAGCUCAGCCCGGGGAACAGCAGCGGCUGCUCGGCGCCUUCAUCCCCGUGGAGGGAGCCUGCUCCCCGGCUGGAGCCUCCGCUGCUGCCCGCACCGCUUCAGCUGCGCUCCGCCUGCUCCUCCUUCCUAAUCCGGGACAUUUUAGCGGACUCUCACCCGGGACAGGUCUACUCUGAACCGGGACAACCCGGGCCGGAAGCCGAGCCAUUCCGGUCCGGACAGGAUGAAGAUUUCCAGGAUAAAAGUCUCAGCAGCUCAUCUUCAGACAGCGAAACAGUGCAGAGCGCCGGCUCCGACUCGGUGACGUCACGCCUCAAGAAACCUCGUAAGGCACGGACGGCGUUCAGCGACCAGCAGCUGGCGAGGCUCGAGAGAAGCUUCCAGAAACAGAAAUAUCUGAGCGUCCAGGAGCGCAUGGAGCUGGCGGCUUCGCUGCAGCUCAGCGACAUGCAGGUCAAGACCUGGUACCAGAACCGCAGGACCAAGUGGAAGCGUCAGUCUGCCGCCGGCUUGGAGCUGCUGGCCGAGGCCGGCAGGAUGUUCCUGCCCACGCACUACCUGUACCCUCCUGCCCCGCCCACAAUGAACCUAUACCUGUAUCGAAGCCACGCCCACCAACACCACCCAGCCCCGCCUCUGCUACCCCACAUUCUCACCCACACUCAGCCCCUUCCCCACUGACUAGGACUGGUUCCCUCAGGAACAAACUGCUGUGGCGGUGCCGGGGCUCAGGAGGCGGGGCUCAAGCAAGGAAACAACAGUGACGUUCACGUCUGGACAGCGAGUCCAGGCAGGAGUGCAGAGCCGUGGUCGAGCCACGAACUUCUCUGUGCGUUUCUGUAGCUCUGACUUCGGUUUUUACA